GCCUUUUCACCUGUUGGGGAGACCUAAACAGUUACCACAAUGCACGACCACAGCACUGGAUCUAGUCCAUACAUCUCAGACGUGGAAACCUUGAACCACGCCUGCGAGAAGUCCGUCAACCCUGAGGCCAAAGUCUCCCAACCUCAGGAAUCUCCCAUUAUCAGCAAUAAUGAACAUCAGGAGUUCGUCAAGCUGGGCAUCCGCCAACGGCUGCGUCAUUUCACCUGGGCCUGGUAUACCCUAACCAUGAGCGCGGGUGGACUGGCCCUUCUUCUCCGCAACCAGCCGUAUCAAUUCAAGGGGUUGAAGGAGAUAGGCCUGGUGGUAUACAUAGCCAAUCUCGUCUUCUUUACUAUCAUCGGAUCUCUUAUGAUCACCAGGUUUGUUCUUUAUAACAACCUGAUGGACUCCCUCCGCCACGACCGAGAAGGUUUCUUCUUUCCAACCUUCUGGCUCUCCAUCGCCACCAUGAUUAGUGGUCUAUCUGCCUACUUCUCUACUGAAGACACGCACCGCCUCAAUUAUGCUCUCGAGGGCCUCUUCUGGGCGUACUGUAUCUUCACAUUUGCCUCGGCAGUGAUCCAGUACUCCUUUGUCUUCUCCUAUCACACGUUCCCUCUGCAAACUAUGAUGCCAUCAUGGAUCUUACCGGCAUUCCCUAUCAUGCUGAGCGGAACCAUUGCCUCUGCCGCUUCCAGCUACCAGCCUGCGGUGUCUGCCACGCCUAUGAUUGUUGCCGGCAUCACGUUCCAGGGACUCGGGUUCUGCAUCAGCUUCAUGAUGUACGCCCACUACAUCGGGCGUCUGAUGGAGACGGGCAUCCCUUCGAGCGAGCACCGUCCUGGUAUGUUCAUUUGUGUCGGUCCCCCUGCCUUCACGCUGCUGGCUAUCAUCGGCAUGGCCAACGGCCUUCCCGAGGGCUUCAGUAUCCUGGGCGAUGGUGGCAUGGACGACCGUCACAUCAUGCGAGUGCUGGCCGUUUGCGCGGGCAUGUUCCUCUGGGCUCUGAGCAUUUGGUUCUUCUGUGUCGCUCUGGGCUCAGUUGUGCGGGCGCCUCCCCAUGAUUUCCACCUCAACUGGUGGGCUAUGGUCUUCCCUAACACCGGACUCACUCUCGCCACCAUCACCCUGGCCAAGUCACUGGACAGUGCCGCGUUGAAAUGGGUGGGCGUGGGCAUGUCCCUCUGCGUGAUCUGCAUGUUCAUCUUCGUCUUCGUGAGCACCGUUAGGGCUGUUCUCUUGAAGAGGAUCAUGUGGCCAGGGCGGGACGAGGAUGUGUCCGAGUUGUUCGAAUGACCUAUCUCCCUCGUCGGCCAUGAUGCAUGAAGUCCCAAAACUCUGUGUGUUCUCGGUUGUUAUCAUCUGAAGCGAUUUAUAUAUGCAUAUACAUGUUGAGCGCCCGUGUUUUAUGGUGUGUUUGUCCGCUAUCGUCGUUUAUUUCUUUGUCCUUCGAGUCUAUCUUCUUCUAUAUUGUUCAAGUUUCUCAAUCAGUAUAUAGCCGUAGUUGAACC